UUUGAAGACUGUGGAAUGGGUUAUAGCGUCCUCGUAAAAGGUGUUCCAUCCGGCAUUAGCUUGCAUAAGUUUCAAAUUUGGCUGAAAAGCGAAGUGAAGUCGUUUGAAAGUUUGUCCAAAGCCUAUGAAAUUAAUGCUCUUAACUUAUCGCUGACAAAUCAUCAAGAAUCGAAUGAUAUAAUUCACAAAACUUUACAGUAUAGUUUUGGUGGAUUGGAACACAAUAUCACAUUUGAAAAAUCAAACCCCACAAUUCCGGCAAAACACGACGCUUAUCUUUCUUCACCCAUUCCCACCCGAGACCUUGUAACAGAUCCACCCGGUCGCCUUAGUAUACGUUCCGCGGUGGAAUAUUCACACCCUGCUGAAUUUCAACCGAAAAACUCAAGCCAAGAUGAUACCGACAACUCGAUUUAUUCAAGUAUUUCGUUGGGAGGCCUACCGACAAAUCUAGGUCCGGCAUGCGACAUGUCGGCUUAUACACAUAUGUCACCAAUUCAACCCCAAAAUGCAACCACACGCGCCCCCGACACCAAAACAGAGGUUGUGGAAUCGCAUCCUCCAAAACGUGAAGACGUUCCCAACACUGCGACAAACAGAAAACUGGGAGAUUUCAAGCGUUUUCAUCGGAGGCCAGAUCUACUUUAUUCGCAAGCGAACGAAGAAAAAGAUAUCAAGAGUAUUCCCUGUUCAUACCGAGCGGCAUCUUUUCUGAAAAUAUUGGACAAAGAAGCUGCAAAAGAACUUUCUCGUGUAAACUGGGAUUUAACCCACAGCAAUGGAGGGGGGAUUACAGUUGCUGGUACAAAGACAGACGUAGCUAAAGCUGAAACUUGGAUCCGAAACAGAGUCUCGUCUUAUUAUGAGUUGGAAGAAUGGUCAGUCAGUAAUUGUGGAUUUCCAGAGUUUUUCACGGCACCAGAAUACAAGCACUUUCUUAACAAAAUGCAGGAUCAAACCAAUUGUGUUGUGAUGGUGGACCAAUAUACCGCACCUCAAAUCAGUCAAAUCACAAUAAUAGAGAAUGACAUCACUAAACAAGCUGCAGAUGUAAUAGUGAACAGUACAGCAGUAAAUACAGGGAACAUUGUCGACAGUUCUGUAAUUUCGAGAUUUAUUGCUGCUGCUGCUGGCCCUCAACUUCAGGUUGAAUGCAGUGCAAUUCCACGAGCAUUAAUACGCACUUGGGGAGUGGUGGCAACAAAGGGUCACAAUCUGCCGUGCAAGAACGUAUAUCAUGCAAUGAUAGAUACAUGGAACUGUACAAAUCCAAAUCUAAGCAGAUCUCUUCUAAAAGGAACCAUAUCUGAGUGUUUUAAAAUGGCUGCUACAGAUGGGCAUACAAGCAUAGCGUUUCCAGCUUUAGGCUGUGGUGGUUUCAAGACUCCACCAAAUGUACUGGCAGAGUUACUAGAAGAAGAAGUUAAAGCGCUAGGCAGCGAUACAUCUCUGCAGCAUGUAUAUGUUGUUCUGCACCCUAAAUGUCAAGAUUUAGUUAAGAUAUUCAAAGACAAGCUGAAGAUGAGUUUUGGUAAUAAUAAACCCACCAUAGGGUUCAGCCAUCUUAAUGUUGAUGUCUGUUGUGGUAGCCUUGAGAAACAACAUGUAGACGUGAUUGUAAACAGUGUUGGAACAAAUAUGGAUUUAAUGGGAUCUGGUUCAGUUUCAUGGUCCAUCGUUCAAAGAGGUGGUGCUGUAAUAAUGCAGCAGUUCAAUGACAUGAAGCGAAAGUAUGCAAGUCCAACAAUCAGAGUAACGGAUGGUGGAAAUCUUCCUUGUGAUUUUAUUAUCCAUGGUGCAACUGACACACUAGGCAUUCUUUCACUUGUCAUUACAUCUCUGCAAAUUGCUGAGGCAAUGGGAAAAUCCAGUGUUGCUAUACCAGCUUUAGGCACCGGAGUUAUGAGAAGUACACCACAGGAAUGUGCAAAAUUAAUAAAACAUGGCAUUACUUUGUUUGAGAAACAGAAUCCGGUUCAUGUUAAGACUGUAAAAGUGGUGGUGUUUCAAGUGGAAAUGUUGGAAGAGUUUAAAAACAACAUAUACUCAAUAACAGCAUCUCCAGGUGGAAAAGUUCCUUUGGAACAGAAAACUUUUGACAAAGAUAAAGAAUCUCUGAGAGCAAACCAAGACCAGGUUGUUACCUUUUCCUUCUGUGGACGCUUCGAAUCAAAUGUAAACAAUGCUAAAAUGCAGUUACAAAAUCUGAUCCAAACAGAGAUGGAAAGCAAUCAAAUUUCUGAUCCUUGCAUCGCACAUUUAGAUGCUGAUUUUAAAAAUGGUAUUUUAUCUGUGAAACAAGAAAUGGUUAAGAUCAAGGUGGAUACAAGAUUGGGAAUGAUUAAAGUACGUGGAAUCACCAAAUUUGUUAAAAAUGCUACCAUUGACAUUCAGAGAAUACUUGGAGAAUUUAGCAAAGCUACAGCUGUAAAAGAACUAGUUCAGUGGAUGUAUUGUGUCCAAGGAAGUAAUUCAUUUCAGGCAUUUGAAUUACGAAUUAAUAUGCAACUUGAGAAUUCUUUCAAGGUUGACAAUAAUGGGAUCUUAAAGAUGCCUGGCAAAGAUGACUUUUUUGAUUUCUCAAAAGCGGAAGGAUAUUUUAAAAAUUCAGUUGUAGAAAUUUUCAGGGUUGACAAACAGAAAAGUUAUCCUAGAAAUUGGAGGCCAAUGAAAAGAGAAAAUUGGUUAAAUGUAGAUGUCCCUGAAAACAGUGAUGAAUAUAGAAAAAUCCAAUCAGAAUUCCUGAAAAGUGGAGCUCUAAUUAAGGCCGUAGUGCGGCUGCAGCGAAUACAGAACCGCUGUCAAUAUGUACAAUUUCAAGCUAAAUGCCAAGAGGUCAAGACAGAACUAGAUGCACGUCGAAUAAAUGUCCCACCCACCAGAUUGUUGUUUCAUGGGACCUCUAGUGUAAUGAGUGACAAAAUUUGCAAAGAGGGUUUUAACCGGAGUUAUGCUGGGAAAAAUGGGAUAAGAUACGGGCAAGGAAUGUAUUUUGCUGGAAACUCUGCAUAUUGUCAUGAUUAUGCAAAGCCAGAUGAUAACAAUUUUCGAAGAAUGUUUCUUGCUGAGGUGGCAACAGGGGAGUAUGCACCAGAACGAGGAAAUGAAAGCAUGAUCACACCCCCAGUUAGAAACCCCUCAAGCAAAACUGAUUCAUACCACAGCGUUGUUGAUAACCCACAGUCACCAGAGAUCUUUGUAGUGUUUAAGGAUGCUUGUGCAUAUCCACACUAUCUAUUGACCUACAUAUAACCAAUAAACAAUGUGAUUACUCUUUAUCAAUAACAGUGCAUUUGGGAAUCUGUUGUAAUAUGUUUUUAUUUAAAAAAUAUGGUAUGUCCAUUUUCUUGGAUUUCUUGUAACUGCCUAAUUGUUGAUUUGAUCUUUUAUAAGUAAAAUACCUUGUAAUGUUUA